AUGAGAGGUAAUAUCAUUUUAACCUCUACGCUGAAGGCUCUUUUGCCGCCAAAUUCCGAUAAGGCACAACUCAUCACAGAGGAUGACCUCGCACGUAUGCGCACUAAUGCGAUUUCUGAUCAUUUCAAAGAAGAUCAAGUGAGGGAGCGUAAAAGGGAGCACGUAGCUGCGAGAAAUAAGGCUGCAGCAACUCGUGCCGACAAAAUAGAAGCCAUAGAAACACAACGCAAAGCCAAUAAAGCCCCAUCAUCUGAGGAAAAACAGAUGACCGCGCGACGCAACGAACUUAAUUCCCAGUUCACUGCUGCUAAGCUUCAGCAGGAGGGAAUUGUUCGACAGAUUGAUAGUCUUGCCAUGCAGGCCAAGGUCUACACAGUUCGCGACCGGCAGAUUGCUGCUGCUGAACGAAAGAUUAUUGAAGAAAAAAUGGAAGCACUCGAUGAAAAGGAACGUGUUGAGCGCGUUCUCAAGGAAAUCGAAGAUGAAAAGAAGAGGUUGCGUGAUAAAGAGGCCCAGGAGAAGGAAAGCCUCCGCAUACAUAUGGAGAAUGACAUGCUUAUUCGUCAGCAGAAUGCAUUACUUGAGAAGGAAGCGGAGCUUCGAGAAGCAGAGCAGCUGGCAGCAUAUAUAAAGGCAGAGGAGGCCAAGAGCAAAGCCAUUCAAGAAGCCAAGGAAGCUAACGAAAGGCGCCUUCGACGUGAAGCUGAUGCCAUUAACGCUGAAACUAUGCGUCUUAAGGAGCGUGAGAAGAUGCUUGAGCGUGAGGAGGACUUGCGACUUGCUGCCAUGCUUCGUCAAAAGGAGAUCGAGGAAAGGAAGAAGGAGGAAGAAAGGAUCAUUGAGGAAAGGCGCAAGAACAUCGAGUUUGCUGCCCUCCAGCAGCAGCAAGCAAAGAAGGACAAUAAGAUGGCAGAGAUUGAAGAGGCGCGCCUGCGAGCUACCUUGGAAAAGAAGGAGAGAGCACGCGAGGCAAGGCUCCGAGAAGAACAGGAGAAGCAGAUCCGGUUCCAGCGCGAACAGAAAGAAGCUCUCGACCUCCGCCUCGCAGUCAAAGCGGAGGAGGCUAGACGCGAGCGCGAAGAGUACUUAGCUGACCUAGAACGAAAUAAGCGAUGCUAUGAAGAGCUUCAGAAAGAAAAGGAACGCGAGAAGCUGCGUCAGAAACUUAUAGCGGAAGAGACCAAGCGACAAUUGGAUGAACACCUUGCGCUAAAAGAAAAACUCACAGGGAAAGAGGCAGUUAGUGCUGAAAACGAGAGGAUACGCAGCGAGCUGGAGGCGAGAAAGAACAUGUUUGAUGACUAUCGCUGGAAGAAGAUAGAAGAGCUCAAGAGUAUGGGUGUGGAGGAUAAGUACCUUACCCCGUUGUAUAACUUCAAGAUAGAGGAGCACUAA